GUCUACUUGAAAACCGCUUGGCUCGACGCCGAUUUCGUUACACACCUAGUUCUGGGAAGAAUACCUGUGUAGUGAAAAUAAAAUCAUUGCGUCGUUGCCUGUAGUGUGGAGAAACCCAUCAUGAGUUCUUUGCUUUCGGCAGUGGGUGUUUUUCUGGUGAUAACUGCUACAGUGAAUGCAAAUCGUAUUUUGUCGGUAACGAAAUUCCAGUCUGGAACAUGCUCGAAGGAAGGAAUCAUCUGUAUCAAUUGUAAAACCGCAGCCCAAUGUAUAUUUGUGAACAAUGCAUGGCAGCCGGUGCCAUUCGAGGAUUGCGACGCCGACGCUGGUUUUUUCUGCAAUGUUAACGAGGGCGGCUGUUCUCAACGCGUGGGAGCUUGCAAUCCGGCCGGCCAGGAGGGAAAUUUUGUGUGCAAUACCAUGGGCGUAUUCCCUGAUCCAUUCGAUUGUGAGAAGUAUCACUUUUGCUACCAAAAUGGGCAGAACCUGGUGUCCAUUAACAUGGUUUGCGAGAACACGGCCUUCUCCCCCGCGUCAGGAGAUUGUUCGCUACCUUUGAAUGACAUGGUCUGUACCACCCCACAGUGGAAUUGCACACAAGCAGGGGAGAUGAACGCAUGGCCUGGGAACAGUAAUAUCUAUUAUCUCUGUAUAGCUGACACCAGAAAUGGCAUUCGUGUCCUAUAUCCUGAGCUUUUCCGGUGCAGCGCCAACCAGGUGUUCAGUGAAGGUCGAUGUGUGGAUAGACAAACAGUUCCGUCAUUACCGGGCGAGGACAAUUCAUAUCGAUGUGACUCUCCUGGCCUGUUCCCGGAUGUAACCAACUGCCGGCAUUACUAUUUCUGCGAUGGCAAUCUGAGCUCACAGCAUCUUCAGUGCCCAGUUGGGAGCUAUUUCCAGCCACAAACAUCCUCAUGCGUAGCGGGGACGUGCUAAUGGAUCCGGAUAUUAUUACUCUGAUCAGGUGUACAUUUUGCUUUUUAUUAACUUUCAAAUGGACUCCAUCGAGGGAUCAGAUGUUAUUUGAUUGUCAUUAUCUUUUACGUUGCAUUUAUUUAUUGUAGUAUAAAGUGCAUCUUCGAAUAAAACAAAUA